GUGAACAUUGUCCGUCGAAUACGAUACUGCAAUUCUUCCAGCGAGAGUUCUGCAAUCAUGGAACCCAGUGACCCGUCGGGACGACUGACCGUCGAGGAUCUCUCAGACUGCAGGAGCGAGAGCAGCCACUCGGAGACGCAGCUCAGAGCUUUUCAGGACUACGAACGCAUCAAGGAAUUGAAUCUGUCGGUGGACAAGUGCAAGGAGGACCCCCAGUUAGAGCCCAAGGACUUCCACCUGCGGUUGGAACCUGGCAGGACCUCCAUCCGUUUCGAGGAGUUCGAGAAUGCCAGCAGGAGUCUACCAAUGACGCUGAAUAAAGGAAAGGACUUCGGUUACAUUGCCAACACGUUGAACGAGUAUCCCCUGGACAGAUCGAACGACGACGAGUCCAUGGAAGCUGCCAGCCUCUGCAGGACCAAGAACCCGACGGCCAAGGACUUGCUGUUCAACCUCCGGGAAAACAGACACAAGAACGCUCAUGCUGGUCUGUCGUUGGACAGGUACAGCAAGGAUUUAAACUUCGCGGUUUCCGAAAAGGACAUCAAGGAUUUUAGCCUCCUGAAGAACUAUAGCCUCGAUCGAAUGAAGGAGUUCAAUCUCUCGCUGGACAGGAUGAGGGACGGUCACAUCGGCAAUUUUGCGUUGGAGAGACUGCGGGGAGGAGCGGGUCUGCUGGAGAAUCCUCCGAUUUUGGAUCAUGAGUUGAAGAACAUUCAGAUGCAGCCGAGGAAUCAGGAUUUGGAGGCUAUUGCUUUGGAACGGAUGCGACGAUCGCAUCUUCUGGGGACGGAACUCUCGGCACAGAAUUUGUCGACGCAGUUGUCGCAUCCACAUUCGAUCACUCAGAUGCAGCACUCGCAGCAGCAACAACAACAGCAGGCUAAGUCGUUUACCAUUGAUGCUAUUCUGGGGUUGAGGAAUAAUCCGAGGGAGAAACGGAAUCAGCAGCAGCAGUACAGGAAGCAUCAGGGUCAAGAAGGCAGCACAAAGAACGGCGGCUCGAGUUCGUGUUCCAGCGGCGGCGGUAAGCUGAAGAGGGUCCGUACGAUCUUCACAGCGGAGCAAUUAGAGCGGCUAGAAGGCGAGUUCGCUCGCCAGCAGUACAUGGUGGGCCCUGAAAGAUUGUACCUGGCACACGCUCUGAGGCUGACCGAGGCCCAGGUGAAGGUCUGGUUCCAGAACCGACGGAUCAAGUGGCGGAAACACCACCACGAGCAGCAGAGUCAACGAGUGCACGAGUUCCAGCGUACGUUGAACUCGUCGCUGGAACACGAGGACAGCAACGAGACCGACAAAUGGUGAAGAGCGACCGU